AUGAUUCGAAGCUGGAAUACUAUACCUCAGGCAUUUAUUGCCUCAUUAUUUACAUGGGGGAUCACCGCUCUUGGAGCUGCCGUUGUCUUCCUUAUACCACCUUCAAGCAAAAAACUACUAGAUAUAAGCCUAGGUUUUGCCGCCGGAAUCAUGACAGCAGCUUCUUUUUGGAGUCUUUUAGCACCAGCAAUUGAAUUAGCAGAAGCAGGAAUAGGAUCUUUAGCAUUUAUUCCAGUUGGUAUUGGUUUUGUUGCUGGCGCCUUUUUUGUAUAUUUAGCUGAUCGGAUCAUGCCAAGCUGCGUUUUUUCGGAGAUAUCAGUAGUUGAUAUAUUAACAGAAGACGUAUCCGCGGUGGAUCAAAGAUCAUUCUCGAAAUUGGAUGCGAUAGUCGAAGAAAACGUAUGUAUGAUGAGACUGAAGGAAUCAAGCAACAAUGCUACACGGUAUAGAUCUACUACUGCAAAACCAACGGAGCAAAUAAUUCGUCGGCGAACGACUGAAAAUAGGUCAGAUAAUACUAAUGCGGGAAACUCAGAUGCAGGUACGUCUGAUAUAACUUCAACCACUGUUAUCGACAACGAUAAGGUUAACGGUAACCGAGCAACGGAUAAAGAGCGCGCUCUUGUAGCAGCUAUCUCAUGGCGACGUAUUCUUCUGCUGAUUGUCGCUGUUACAGUUCAUAAUAUACCUGAAGGUCUUGCUGUCGGUGUUGCAUUCGGUUCGAUUGGAAAAACAGCUAAAGCAACUUUUGAAUCAGCAUUUACUUUAGCACUCGGAAUCGGUCUGCAGAAUUUUCCAGAGGGAUUAGCUGUUUCACUUCCACUUGCUGCUUUCGGUCACAGUAAAAUAAAAUCCUUUUUUUAUGGGCAACUUUCUGGUAUGGUUGAGCCCAUAGCAGCCUUAGCUGGCUCGAUGGCUGUAAUUUUAAUCGAACCAAUACUACCAUAUGCGUUGAGUUUUGCAGCAGGUGCGAUGAUUUAUGUCGUUAUCGACGACAUUAUUCCAGAAGCUCAGCGGAACGGCAAUGGUCGUCUGGCAUCAUUAAGUUCGAUUGCUGGUUUCUUGAUUAUGAUGUCUUUGGAUGUUGGCUUAGGAUAA